GAGGAGAGGAGGGCGACACCCUCCGAGCAGCAGCAGCGGGGUGGCAGAGCCAGCCUUGGGCGUGGCCUCAAGGGGGCAGAGUUCUCCAGAGCAGCCAGGCCCCGCCGCUUUGGCACGCCGAGCAGUGAAACGUUUUUGAGCAUACAAGGAAAAUUCCCGGUGGUUUGUUUGUUUGUUUGUUUUUAAUAUUCGGUAGCGCCCCCUCCCGCCCUCCGCCCAAAGAGCCGCUUCCAAUGACUCCCGGUGAGUCGGGCUGUCUGGCCCUACCUGGCAUUGAGGAGACCCCCAGACACCCUGCAAAGUUUCCUCCAGUUUUCUCCUACAGCUCCCCAAGCUUUUCUCUCCACCCGUGUGCCUGCAUGGGGGUAGGGUGUGGGCGGAAUGGUCAAUCUAGCCCUGCCUGGUGGCUGCCCAGAAGCCGAGUCAAAGCUAACAGGUCAGUCCCAGGCCCAGAAUUGGGGGCAAGCUCUCGUUAACCUGGCACCAGCCAGGCUCGGCACUCAAAAUUCUUGGUCUCCUCAGGACAGACUAGGGGCGCGGACCGCAGGUGCGCAAGGCACAGUCGCUCUGUGAGUAAUUAAGGACUAGUAGUGCCCCUUUCCUUCCCUCUACCACAAACUCAGAGUCCUGACUUUUCCAUAAGUAUCUGCCACCUAGGUGUGGGUUUACCCUCACCCCAAUCCCGCGGUGCAGAGCCCCUCUGCACCCCGACUUUCCGGAGCGCUACAGCUGGCCCGGAACGGAGUGGCGCGCGGUUCCCCCACCUCCCGCGCACGCCGUGACUCCAGCCCUGCGCUCCGCUCGUACUCCAGCCACGCCGCCGCCCGGCACUGCAGCGCCCAGGGAGGAGGCGCGGGCGGAAGAGGGGGAGGAGGACCGCAGCGUGCCAGCCGGGAGCCACUUUCCCGCCCCUCCUCUCGCCACUGACACGCUCGGAGGAGUCACCACUCCUGCGCUGCAGGAGACAGUGGCAGACGGAGGCGGCCCUGGGGAGCGAGCCAGAGCGACACCCGGGCGGCAGCGGCUGCAGCGCAGACAGCACCCAAGGCAAGGGGAUCCUUGGCGCCUGGAGCGUUCUGCUUUGAACCCGAAGUGGAUGAUGCUGUCAGGGCGGCACCUGUGACCAAAGUCAGUGAAAAAGCCCCAUCUCCUCCUUGGCCGUCAGCUGAGAUAAGAUGGAAGACUCUUACAAGGAUAGGACUUCACUGGUGAAGGGUGCCAAGGACAUUGCCAAAGAGGUGAAGAAACAAACAGUAAAGAAGGUGAAUCAAGCAGUGGACCGGGCCCAGGAUGAGUACACCCAGAGGUCCUACAGUCGGUUCCAGGAUGAAGAAGAGGACGAUGACUAUUACCCUCCCGGAGAAACCUAUAAUGGGGAGGCCAAUGAUGAUGAAGGCUCCAGCGAAGCUACUGAGGGUCACGAUGAAGAUGACGAAAUCUACGAAGGGGAGUACCAGGGCAUCCCCAGUACGAACCAAGGGAAAGACAGCAUCGUGUCGAUAGGACAGCCCAAGGGCGACGAGUACAAGGACCGACAGGAGCUGGAGUCGGAGAGGAAAGCGGAUGAGGAAGAACUAGCUCAGCAGUAUGAGCUGAUAAUCCAGGAGUGUGGUCAUGGCCGUUUUCAGUGGACCCUGUUCUUUGUCCUGGGCAUGGCCCUGAUGGCGGACGGCGUGGAGGUGUUCGUGGUCGGCUUCGUGCUGCCCAGCGCCGAGACAGACUUGUGCAUUCCAAACUCAGGCUCCGGGUGGCUAGGCAGCAUAGUCUACCUCGGGAUGAUGGUGGGGGCGUUCUUCUGGGGAGGACUGGCUGACAAAGUGGGAAGGAAGCAGUCUCUUCUGAUUUGCAUGUCUGUCAACGGAUUCUUUGCCUUCCUUUCUUCAUUUGUCCAAGGUUAUGGCUUCUUCCUCUUCUGUCGCUUACUUUCUGGAUUCGGGAUUGGAGGUGCCAUUCCCAUCGUGUUCUCCUACUUUGCUGAGGUGCUGGCCCGAGAGAAGCGGGGUGAGCACUUGAGCUGGCUCUGCAUGUUCUGGAUGAUCGGCGGCAUCUACGCCUCUGCCAUGGCCUGGGCCAUCAUCCCGCAUUACGGAUGGAGCUUCAGCAUGGGGUCGGCCUACCAGUUUCACAGCUGGCGUGUGUUCGUGAUCGUCUGCGCCCUCCCCUGUGUCUGCUCGGUGGUGGCCCUCACAUUCAUGCCGGAAAGCCCACGGUUCUUGUUGGAGGCUGGAAAACAUGAUGAAGCCUGGAUGAUUCUGAAGUUGAUUCAUGACACCAACAUGAGAGCACGGGGGCAGCCCGAGAAGGUCUUCACGGUAAACAGGAUCAAAAUCCCCAAACAAAUAGAUGAACUGAUUGAAAUUGAGAGUGACACAGGAACAUGGUACAGGAGGUGUUUCGUUCGGAUCCACACAGAACUGUAUGGAAUUUGGUUGACUUUUAUGAGAUGUUUCAACUAUCCUGUCAAGGAAAAUACAAUAAAGCUUACAAUUGUUUGGUUCACCCUGUCCUUUGGGUACUAUGGAUUAUCUGUAUGGUUCCCUGAUGUCAUCAAACAUCUGCAGUCGGAUGAAUAUGCAUUACUAAUUAGAAAUGUGCCAAGAGAGAAAUAUGCAAAUUUCAGUAUUAACUUUACAAUGGAAAAUCAGAUUCAUACUGGAAUGGAAUACUACAAUGGCAGAUUCCUGGGGGUCAAGUUCAAAUCUGUAACCUUUAAGGAUUCAGUUUUUAAGGCCUGCACCUUUGAGGACGUGACUUCAGUCAACACCUACUUCAAGAACUGCACGUUUAUUGACACUGUUUUUGACCACACAGAUUUCGAGCAAUACAAAUUCAUUGACAGUGAAUUUCAAAACUGCUCAUUUUUCCACAAUAAAACGGGGUGCCAGAUCACCUUUGAUGACGACUACAGUGCCUACUGGAUUUAUUUUGUCAACUUCCUGGGAACGUUGGCGGUGUUACCAGGGAACAUCGUGUCCGCUCUCCUGAUGGACAGAAUUGGGCGCUUAACCAUGCUGGGUGGCUCUAUGGUGCUUUCGGGGAUCAGCUGUUUCUUUCUUUGGUUCGGCACCAGCGAGUCCAUGAUGAUCGGAAUGCUGUGUCUGUACAAUGGAUUGACCAUCUCGGCCUGGAACUCUCUUGACGUGGUCACUGUGGAGCUGUACCCCACGGACCGGAGGGCAACGGGCUUUGGCUUCUUGAACGCACUCUGCAAAGCUGCCGCCGUCCUUGGGAACUUAAUAUUCGGCUCCCUGGUCAGCAUCACCAAAGCCAUCCCCAUCCUGCUGGCCUCCACCGUGCUCGUGUGUGGGGGACUGGUGGGGUUGCGCCUGCCAGACACACAAACCCAGGUCCUGAUGUAACUGGAGACAAGCCAUCCGCCCUGUGUUUCUCUCUCCUGCCCUGUGUCAACUCUCCUGACUGAGUCAAGACUUCAGGUUUUUCAGAUUUAGAAAGGUGGUCAGAUACCAGAACACUAACUCUUGCUGUGACUAAAAUUUAGAUGCAUAUCAUCUUGCCCCUUAAAUGUGAUUUUGCAGAGGCUCCACCCCUCUUCCCCCAUGCAUUGUUAUCUUCCCUGAGUUGCUGCUGCCUCCCCAAAAUCCGUGGAAGCAUUUUUUAAAAUGUCCCAGUCAGCCGGGCCUCCCUGAGAUUCUGCUCGAGGAAGGGUGGGAGGAUCAGAGGACUGAGCUGCUGUAAGAAACAGAUCCUGCUCCUAGUUCCACAUUCACAGGAAAUAUAAGUUGGCAUAUUAUUGCAUUUGUGCUGAGGAGAGGGAUUCUUUCUCUCUCUCUCUUUUUUUCAAACAGAGUGACAUUUCCUGUUUACUUAGAAAAGGACACCCCGCAAUUCUAGCCGUAACAGCAGGGCCUUUCAAAGAAAACCAUGUGGUCCCAAACAGAGCUGGGUGGAGCUCUUUCAGGAAUGACAAUUAAGGUGACGCCACUGACAAGAAAAAUAAAGGCUCUGCAGUUAGCAGCGGAGGUCUGUGUGAGCUGAACCAGCAAGAUGUCUGCCAGAAAGGUCCAUUAAAUGUCUGAAAAAUGUGAGGAAAUAAGGCCCGCGAUUGUGACGUGUGGUUCCGAAUGUUAGAAAACCAGAGAUCAGAGAGAGAGCUUUCACUGCCCUUGUCCCCCACCCCCAGCUGCCACUGAUCUUGCCAGAAAGCAGAUUCAGGAAAAGAAAGCCACUCUCUCAAAAUUGGGUCUGCCUACCUGACCGCCAUUCAUCCAAACUGUCUCUAGUGUGGGGAUGGUCAGUCAGUCAUCCAAGUCUUUGCAUAUCGCAAAUUAGGGAGCCAUUCACACCUAAAGCCAUUUAGAAAUGCAAGGGAAUACCUUGACGGACAGUGACCCCAGUGUUUGACAUUGGACUUUGUAGCUAGCAUCCCUGAGGCAGGUCCCCUGGGCUGGGGUGUUCUGUGUGAAAUCACAGCCUGCCGCCCUCCAGGGACCCUCUGGCAGACACGGUGGCCUCUCCUGGUGGUUUUUGGCUGCUCAUUUGAUCUGUGCAAUCUGCCUGGGCCUGGAAGAGAGGGUCAGCAGGACAUUCCCACGGGCUGUCGGUGACGUGACCUUCUCACCCCUAGGGGCUGCUCCUCCUCCAAGCUCAGCCCUUUUACUCAUCUUUGAAACCUGAGGCCUUCUUGUAGAUUUGCAGCAAUGACCAGUAACCAGGAAUAAAUCCCAUAUUAAAACAAUAUUCCUUUUUUAACUCUCCAUGUCUUGUGAGGGGGUUACCCCAUACUUAUUAUAGGCAUUUCCAGCAGCCCUCGGCCCUGGGCCUCGCUGAGGAGAGCCUUUGUUCCCGACAGUCAUUACGUGCAAAGAUGUCUUAACCCCAGAGGCCCCUCUGCCCCCCUCGCCCCUUCCUAAUGAUCCUCCUGGAGCUCCAGACUGCAGAGUUCAGACUCUGAAAAGCUUCUUUCAUUAACAUAAGCCAUUAAUCGACUUCCCCUUGAAGUAAUUCAGGUCUGUAGAGGGGGGCAGCCUGGGGUUGGGGGCUGGCAGGAAGAAAGUGGUUCCCUGGGGAGUUGGCUCAGGGCCAGAACCUCAGGAAAACUCAAACCCAAAGCUAAGGGGGCAGGCAGAAGGAAAAUCAAUAAAGACUAGAUGAGAGCCAUUAGACUGUUAUCAACAAAGCAAGGAAAGCAGCAGAAUGUACUCUGGCUUCUGCCUACUGUAAUACUGCUGGAGAAGAAAGACAGCAUCAAAAGCAAGAAGGGGCCUGUAUGUUAUUCUUCCUACAGACUUAUUUCUCCACCUCUCUACCCCUUGAUUUUUCUUCUUAAAAAAAGACGUACUGGGGGACCUGAGCAGGCGGCAUUUUUUAAAACUGAAUGUGGCAUGUACAGUGACAACUGCAAAUGUAAGGUGUAUGUGUACAUGGGUGUUGCUCUCUCAUCUUCUGUGAGAGCUAACUUUGCUAAGUGGACUCUUUACUUCAGAAAGGUCUCCCGUGUCCGCCAUAGCUCUACACACAUUCACCAUCUCCCAAGCUGCCGAGCUUGGUUUAGGCAGACUUUGCUUUGAAUACGGGCCUGAGUCAGAAUAGGAUAAACCAGCAGAACCCCACUUCAUGAGACUGGCCACCAUGCUUGCCCUUCCAGAGGGCCUUUCUUGGCCUUCUUGGCCCUUAAUCCGAGCCUCCCAGGUGGCCCAAGAAGGAUCUAUUCUAAUCUCCUGGACAGUCUGUGGUCACAAACCUUCUUGGUCACCACCUUCCCACCUUCCGUGCAGUAUUCUCUGCCUCCCUCCUGUUGUUCCUGUCACCUGGAUUUUCUAUGAGAGCUCAGGUUCUUCCCAAAGUAUGUGGUGUGGCCUGUCUGGCUUGUUCUGGGGUUAGCUGGAUUAAGAUAUAGCCGUGCCAUUAAACAGAAACUCUCAGUUCUACCACCGUAGGAGGCUGCUGGCACAGGCACCUGCACCCAGCAUCUCGUUUCAGCUGCAGUUGAAGGAAAGGGAGAGUGUGUGCAAAAGCGAAAGCCUAGGAAACAGCCCCACUUGCUCCUCUAUUUCUAACUCCUUUUCUAUCUAAAAUUUCCUCAUAGCUCUUUGGAAUCAAUCCAGCAUGUGGCUGAAUCCUGUUAUUAUUGCCGGGUCCUCUCAGUAGGAAAGACAACCCAGCCACUCCAAACUGUAAACCCUGUGCCACGUUAGACCCCAAGUCGUGGGUCUCACUGCCCCAGCUCUAUGCAGUCCUGCGCCUCAGAAGCCAAACCCAGCAGCUGGGGUCAUCUCAGGCCCAGAGGCUGGGCCUGGGAGGUAAGACAGAUGGGCCCUGGCUCCACACUAACCAACAGUGAGACCCAGACCUUGCUGGAGAGAAUGUGAGUCGUGGAACAUCCCUGGUCCUCAGUUUCCCUGUCUGUAGAGUAAAGGAUUGGGACUAGUUCAGGAUUCUAGAGGAUCUUCAUGGAAGUAGCUUUAUUUGAUUACCUUUUGAUGCUGCACUCAUCUUCACAAGCACCAAAUAAUUUUGAAACUGAAAAAUUAGGCUCCAGGCACACAUGCGAGAGCUCAGGAAGCUGUUUGGGAAAUCCUGGCGGGAUGGGCCAGAGAACAAAGUUCUCGUGUUGUUUGUGCUCCCAGCUUCGUAGGAUCUGCAGCAUUGUCUUGAUUCAGUGCUGGCUGGACGGUUUUCAUCGCCUGCCCAGGACAGGGACCGACCGGGUCAGACAGAAGGCCCUCUGAGCGCUGUACUAAUCACCGAGGCCGCGUCCUGUAGCUGGCUCUCUUGACUCUGCACUCUGCUUUAUUCUUCAGACACGGUCGUAAGCAGAUCUAGGCCUUCAGAAACGGGUUUUAAGUGAUUUCACCGAAGUUGGCAAACAUACCUUCAUGUACAAAUCUCACCAAAUCAGAGUGCAGGUUCACCCCAAGAAUGACUGAGCUGCUUUUCCGGAUGUCUUGAGAGACCGAGGGAGAGGAAGGAACAGGCAUGUACUGGCAGGAGGGAGACACCAGACAUCAGCGCGAAGGUUCCAGGGAAGGGGCUGGGGCGCGGCUGAGACUUUCUAGACCCUGGCAUCAUUUCAAAAGCAUUCCAUGGGAAUACCUUCUGGUUUCCUCUGCCAACCAAAGUAGAAUAUGAUAUUCUUCCAUUUUUUUCUGUUCAAUAUCAAAAUGGCCUUUAUCUAGUUCUUCAGUGACACACUUUACUGAAGUGUGUCACUGUGUGUGUUUUACACACUUUGUUCAUGCAUUAAAGGCUCUGAAGCCAGGAAUGUAUGAUUUCGGCCUUUACCUGGUAGCGUAGAAAGACAACUGGUUGGUUGUUUAGGUGUAUGUUGCCUGUAUGUGUGGGUUUCCUUUAGCCCCCAUAGCAUGCUGACCUCAGUCCAGUUACCAAACCCACAGAAACACCAGUCACGGUGGAAGAGCAGGAAGCCGUCUACACAGCAGGGCCCUCUGAAGUGGACCGUGUAUUCCUUACAGUGUCUGUUUCUGCCUGGCAAAGUACGUUUUGAGUAAAGCUUCUCUUGUAAUCUGUGCCAUGUAGGCAAAAGAACGUUGUCAGUAUCUCCCAGGUAUUUUGUGUGUGCCUUCAUUGUUUCAGGUGUGGAGUGACAGUUCCCCGUGUGAUGUCCUUGUGCUCUAAGCAUUGACAGUGUCUCACCAGCUGGACAAGCCAUUGCCAGGGCUGCCUUUGGUCUUUCUCAAACAAUACCUAGAUCGCUUUCAUACAGUUCACGGGUCUGUUCAGACCCUUGUUGAAGGCUGGCGGGGCUAGGUGGGCAAAAGAGUGGGGUAGAGCCUUCACUGACCUGUCACCUCAUGUGAUUGUUCAAUAAAAAUAGUUAUUGUGCCCCUGCCGUGUGCUAGGCUGCGGCACUGUGCUGUGUGCUGACAGCUCACCUCUGCAGGACUUAAAUGAGGCCAGAGGGAAAACGGGGGAGUAACGAGAACACAUCUGUAAUGGGGGAGGGUCUCGUGCUGACCCCAUUAUAUAGGGAAAACCCCUCUCCAAAGCCCCUUCCAAUCAAACACAAAGUGUUGGGUGUUUCCCCCCAAAUUUAGAAGAAGUAAUUGCCUAUGGUAGACAAUGCAGGAACCCUUUGAAAUUUGGGGAUAUCUCUGAGAGGAGGAGAAAGCCCCUCAACUGCCUGGACUUUGCUGAAGGGACUACUAACUAGUACUUG